UUUUGCUUAAAGACAUUAUGCAUAAUAACAUUGUGUAUAAUUGUGUCCUUUUGGGAUUUUAAACAAUGUUUGAAGAAUGUGCUUCACAGCAUCUUGUGUACAGCUGACUGUGCUUUGCUGUCCUGCUGGGAAUAGGAGCUGAGAAUCAGUGAAGCAAGUGGCUCCAAGAGGCGCUGUGUGCCACAAGCAGAGCGGUCCUCACACAUCACGCACGACGUUAGGAGUUCCCCUCGCUUCCACGGUGAAAACGCCCCUUUUCUUUCCUCUCCUCCAGCCCUUCCCCGACCCUAACCAUUCCUGCCGGCUCGUGCCUGUGUGCCGUCCCCGCCUGCAGGGCUGCAUCUCCCGCGGCAGAGCUAACGGCGCUCCGGGGCGGUGGCGGCGUCCGUCUCCCAGUCUCCUGCGAGCUCAAUGAUAGAAUCCGGACUGAGGCUUGACACCCGGACCUGACAGGACAGGACUGCAAUCCAUUUCUAUGACAACAGAGAAGGCUUUGGCUGGGGAGAUGAAGAGCGCAAUGGAGGGUGACGCCAGGAGAACCAAUCAGGUUCCAGAGGACCAUGGGGAAGCGGAUGAUAGCUCAGAGAAGACCCCCAGCAAAGCCUCCAAAUCCCCCCAGAAAACCACCAAGAGGCCAAAGACUGUCCCUGUCAAAGUCACCCUGCUGGAUGGCUCAGACUACGAGGCUGCAGUCGAGAAAUUUGCCAAGGGCCAGACUCUGCUGGACAUGGUGUGUGGCCAUCUGAACCUGCUGGAGAGGGACUACUUUGGCUUGACUUUCCAGGACACGGACAACUCCAAGAAUUGGUUGGAUCCCUCCAAAGAGAUUAAGAAGCAGAUUCGGGUUGGUUCCUGGGUCUUUGGAUUUUCUGUUAAGUUCUACCCUCCAGACCCUUCUGUGCUCAUUGAAGACAUCACCAGGUACUACCUGUGUCUGCAGCUGAGGGAUGACAUCCUGUCUGGUCGUCUGCCUUGCUCGUUCGUCACCCAUGCCCUCCUUGGCUCCUACACCGUCCAAGCUGAAGUGGGAGACUAUGAGCCUGAGGAACACGGCCCUGACUAUGUUUGUGACUUCCGCUUUGCUCCCAACCAGACACGAGAGCUGGAGGAGCGAGUGAUGGAGCUGCACCGUAACUACAGGGGAAUGAGCCCAGCCGAUGCAGAGAUGAACUUUCUAGAAAAUGCAAAGAAGCUCUCGAUGUAUGGAGUUGACCUGCAUCAUGCAAAGGACUCUGAAGGAAUCGACAUCAUGCUCGGUGUGAGUGCCAAUGGUCUUCUCAUCUAUCGAGAUCGCCUACGGAUCAACCGUUUCGCCUGGCCAAAAAUCCUCAAGAUCUCCUACAAGAGGAGCAACUUUUACAUCAAGAUCCGCCCAGGAGAGUACGAACAGUUUGAGAGCACCAUAGGCUUCAAGCUGCCCAACCACCGGGCCUCGAAGCGAUUGUGGAAAGUCUGCAUUGAGCAUCAUACCUUCUUCAGGUUGGUCUCCCCAGAGCCGCCUCCCAAGGGCUUCCUGGUGAUUGGCUCCAAGUUCCGCUACAGCGGGCGGACACAAGCCCAGACUAGACAGGCCAGCGCUUUGAUUGACAGGCCUGCUCCACAGUUUGAACGGUCUGUUAGCAAGAGGUACAUGCUGCCCAGAAGUAUUGAUGGAGCCUCAGCUCUGGGUGAUAGCAUGGACCAGCUCUCCCAGAGGAGCUCCAGUGAACGCACACAGUUCAUGUCCAGAGAAGACCUGGACCAAGAAGGCAGCCUGGACUUGGAUCAUGACCAGUACCACUAUCAGGAUCAAGAGCAGGACCAGUACACAGACCAGGAGCUGGAGAUGAAUGAAUAUCAGGAACCAGAACCAAUUCAGAAGCCUCCUCGUGGGGCCCACAUCCAAACACCAACCAGGACUAUGGAGAUGAAGGCUGAGGAGGCAGGCUCGCCCAUAGAAUCAAAGCCAGAGGAUGUGGCCAUCCCACGGCCCAAACAGGAGCAGUUCCUGGAUAAGCCUGAAGAUGUUCUGCAAAAGCACCAGGCCAGCAUCAAUGAGCUGAAGAGAGCUCUGAGGCAGCCUAACAGCAAGAUGGCUCAGAGGGAGAAACGCCUCUCCUCCAAUACUCCUCCAGGAGGAACCCCUGAGCGCAAACCGGAGACACCUCCCACGCCUGCUAUUCAUGAGGAGCCUCUCAACGAAGCCUCAAGGGAACCAUGGGAGAGACGCCUUGGCUCCGUCUCAGAGGACGACCAGGACCAUGAGAUCCUGUACCUGAAAGAGACCCAUCUGGGCAUCGAGCGCAAAUGUUCCAGCAUCACAGUCAGCUCCACUUCCAGCCUUGAAGCAGAAGUGGAUUUCACCGUUCUCACAGACCUGCACACGGGCAUGGAGGAGUUCUCAAGGGGUAUGACCGAGCUGGGAGACAGAGAUCUCUCACCUGAUGGGGGUCUGUGCUUCGGUAUUGACCUGCUUCAGCAGCAACAGCAGGGAGCUUCUGAGCCACCUCCUCCACUAGUGUCAGCCCCUCUGUCUAGGGGAGCCAGCAGCAGCCCCCCAGCCAAACUCAUCCAGGCUGAAGAAGUGCGGCCAGAGGUGAAACGACCUGAUGGGCAGCCUGUUGUACCCAAAAAACCAAAGAGGUCAGUCCCAGUGUCUUCAUCGAUAGACAGAGAUCAGUCACACAGAGAUGUCGGCCGUGUCUCUGCCUCCGCACCACUGAGCAGGGAGGCCAGUGAUGUCAUGCCCACGCCAACAGUGAGGAAGACUGACGUCCGGACGGAGACUCAGCCCAAUGGAUCAGAAGUCACCACGACCAUUGUGGAAUUUACAGAUCAGGAUCAUGGUCUCACUGGUCUAAGUGAAGUCUCCUACUCUACGAGAAAAAGUGUUUCCCCUGUGCACAUGAGCAGCUUUGGAAGAGAGGCGUCAGGGUCGCCAGUCCUCAUCACUGAAAACGUUACCUCGGCAACCACUCAAGUCACAAAGACAGUGAAAGGAGGUUACUCAGAGACCAGGAUCGAGAAGAGGAUUAUAAUCACGGGAGACGAUGAUGUAGACCAGGAACAGGCUCUGGCUAUUGCAAUCCAGGAAGCCAAACAGCAGCAUCCCGACAUGCAGGUGACCAAGGCAGUGGUUGUCAGGGAAACGGAAUCAUCCACAGAGGAUCGACAUGGUGCAUCAGAGUCAUGAUUUCCUGAGACCAGAGCGCCCCCCUGUGGUCCAGAAGUGUCAGUGCCCAAACGUGAAAAUACAUCUCAUCCUACCCCACUGAUAGACUCCUUCCUGCCUGGGGCAUUUAAACGGAGCCUUUUGUUCAUAUUAACACACAUGCACAUCUUAAUCCAAACUCCUGUGAAACUUUUAUGUAUUUUGAAAACAUUUUCCUCUUUAUCAUUAAUGUGCAGCGGGUGGUUUGACACAGCAGCUAAAAAUGGAUUUGUGGACCACCAGGAAUCAAAACAUCUGGAAGAUUUAUGAUAUAAUACAACAAAAUUUCCUGCAAACCUCUCAGGGCCUCUAUAUUCAGACUACUUACUUUAGUAUUCAGUGCAGAGGGGGUUUGUAUAGAAAAUGAGUGCACACAUUCACACUGUGGAAUAAUCUGAGGUCAGGAGUAUGGGGAAAAAUGUCUUUACAUGUCUGUCCUGCUGUUCUGAAAAACUAAGUUCAUCAUGUUCCUGCUAAUUAAAAAAAUACCUUACAUGUAGCUCCAGUACUGUGCAGGCCUCAAGUGAAGCAUGUUGCAGUGGGUGUACAGCAAACCUUUUAGUUUGUCUCCCCUGCAGCCAAAUGAACAAACGAGCUUUGUCCCACCCCCUGUCACACUGACUGAUGAUGAUACAGUGAGGGCAAAAGGAUCAUUUAGGCAACAAGGUCCUCUGGUAAUGUUUAUUUAUUUAUUUAUUUUUUAUUAACAGCCAAAGUCUGAACUUAUCAGAUCAUUAUACUUCCUGUCUUAAGAUUUUACUUCUGAAAACUGUAUUUUAUCAAUGAUGUGUGAGUGCUGUGUGAAUGAAAGGAUACAAUCAGAGUUAGUGUAUCAUGAUGGACUUUGAUUUGGCUUAUUGAGAAUUUCUGUGUAUGUGUCUGGACUUUAGGAGCUUUGAAUACACACAGUGUACCUGUUGUAUUUAUUCAAAUGGUUGAGAUGUAGUCUCUGAGCAUGCUGAUGUUUCAGAAUGAGCCCAGUUUCUCUCAGCCUUUAGAUAUGCUUUCAGAAUUCUGCUGGAUAUAAAACCACUUUGGCUAUUUUGUGUAGUAAAUACAUAGAGUAGGCCCUUGUUCAAGUCACAAAAACUGGCUGCUGCAUCAGUAAAAGUAGUAUUUGAAGUCAUUUUUGCAUGAUAAUUUCUUGCAUUAUUGGGUUGUAAUUGAGUUGUGAAGACAAAAUAGUUCAAUCUGAUCCAUUCAGAGUUUGAAUACGUAUAAAAAAAGAAAAUUAGCUCUUUGAGAAGAAAUGAAAAAGAUAUGGGGAUUAUGGAGAAAAGUUUUGAUAAUCCAACAAUUCAGUGACAGCAUAAUUGCUAUAAAUUCUCCCUCCAGCUACACCCUUUACAGUUAAAAGCUCAAAUGAAGACACUGGUGCAGUUUAAUCUAUCUUUAUUCUAAAAAUCACUUUGAUUUAAUUUAAUUUACCAUCUGAGAAACAUAAUCUCCUUUGCCCACAUUUAGUACCAGUGCCAAUAUUCAACAAACUUUUUUCAUCUUUCAAAAUAGCCUGCAGAAAUCUUUCACUCUUCACAGCCUUCCGGGAUCUUUUCACUUUAAUAUCAGUGUUAUAAAUAAACUUUACAGUAGAAGCCACAUCUCUGAGCCUGUAGUUUUGUGUGGUUUGGUUCCCCCGAUGUAAGCGGGAUACUUUAGACAUGUAGUGUGCCAGUUGCGGUAGCAGUCAAAUUGUAAAAACUCAGAUUUUGUAUUGAAAUAACUUUAUAUGAACUUUUAAUUACAGAAGUGCCAGAAAGUCAAAUGCAUAAACUUGACAAGGCGAGGUUUCCCUUUAAUAAUUGUGUAACAUAAUCUGACAAACCUCCUUGGAUAAGUCACGUUUUGUAUUUAAAUCAAUUCAUGCAGCAGGAAAUUUAUUCAAUUGAGAAAAUAUCAAAACGGUCAUGUCAGGUUUAUGAGCUUUUACUAAGGUAUAACUUUGGCUUUCAGACACUUAAUGGUCAACAUUCAUGCUAGUUUAAUUAACUCUGUAUUCUGUUCCCAAAAAUCUGUUGAAGUGAUGGCAAAUGGUUGUGAAUCUUUAAAUGGAAGAGGAAAUAAUGCAGCCGUUCAUUCCUUGUUCUGUUUAUUUGGUACCGUUUGGUGGAUUGUAAAGAUGUAAGGUAGAAAAUAGCCUGUACACAAGGGGGCACACACCAUUUACUUUUAAAAACAGCGUUUUGCAGCAACAUCAAGCAUACCCGGAGGAUGCGUCAUCACCUCUCUUCACUACAGGGCAAAAAUUAUCCAUAUCGCCCUCAGAUUGAACUGUAAGGUCACACCUACCUUUCUUUGUCCAGAAAUGAGCUGCUCCUGGAAGCCAGUCAACUAAUAAGCAGACUGUGAUUAAUCGCAGACAUUUGGCUGUGACACCUGCUGUCAGCGUCUGAUUGGAUGACCUCUGGCUGACCCUUACACCUAGCCUUCUCCUCUCUGUACAGUGCCCUCCUCCUCCUCCUCUACAGCAGCUUCAUACCUUCUGCUCUGCUGCUCUCCAUUGCUUGGUGCUGUGUCUUUGUUGUACAUUGUACUUGCAUUCCUUGGAAAAUGAAUA